CCAGAUAAGAAAUGCACCGAGUGAUAGGACCAACUGAAGACAGCUUGGGUCUGAUGAUUACAGAGUCAGGACCACAUCCCAACUCUACACUGAGCUGUCUGGGGUUCAGUGAGUUUAAUUGCUCAUAUUGACGGAGGAGACGUCGCUGCUGAUAUUAAAGCGAGUCCCAACAUGGAGGAUGAGGAGCAGUCGACAGGGACGACUCAUUUCGUGGGGAAGAGGGAGGAACUGAUUGAAGCAAAGCGCUCACUCAGAACGGUGGAGGGUCGGGACAUACUGAUCAUCCACAAUCAAGGCGUCUUUCAUGCUAUGGACGCUUACUGUUAUCAUGCUGGGAGAUCACUGCAGGAGGGAGACAUUGAGGAUAUUAAUGGCAAGAUGUGCAUAAUUUGUCCAAAACACAAGUACAAGAUCGCCCUAGCCGACGGGGAGGGACUGUACAAGGCCACCGACCCCAGGGAAGCGCCGCCUGUGGCCAGAUGGUACUCGAAGGGCGUAAAGCAGCGAACCCACACUGUCACAGAGACCAACGGAGACGUUUAUGUGAAACUCUCUGAGGAGGAGUGCUAUAUUGACUCCGACUACUUCCAGGGAGAGAAGGGGAAGUUGGAAAGAGAGAAAAACGAGCAGGACUCAUCUUGAUGGUAGAUGGAUACGGAUGGCUAGUUAUUUACAAAUAAGAAUGUCCUCCUACAAGUAUUUGCAUGUUGUAUGGACUUCUCUAUUUAACCUAAUAAACAUUUAUUAUGAAUGAA